UAUAUGACUGCAUAUGUACCUAUACAAUAAUAUGGGAGAACAAAUGAAAAAAAUGUAUUACAUCUCAGCACACAUAGUUAUGUAAAGACAUGUUAAAGCAGUUAUUAUUCAUAAAUCUAGUUUUGCAUCGGAUGAACUUAGGGAAUAGCCUACUUAAAGAUGUGGUGUAUGUAAUAGACAAGUCUGGAAGUGUGGCCGAAAGCAAUUUUAACGAGGCUAUAAAUUUCAUCUACAUGGUAACAGAAUAUUUGACAAUUGGUAACAAUGCAAUUAUGGUUUCUAUAGUAACAUAUAGUACUACUUACAGUUUGGAGUUUGCACUAGAUACAUACUCCACAAAUACAAGUGUGUUGACAGCAAUAAACGGAUUAAUAGGUACAACAACUGAUGGUAAUACCCACACAGGGGAAGCAUUACAGUAUGUUCAAACAUAUAUUUUACAAACUUCAAAUGGAGCAAGAACCGGAGUAGAUAAAGUAGUUGUUGUGUUAACAGAUGGGGCGUCCAAUGGUGCCAUCGACCCAGGGACAGCGGCAGAUAGCUUAAGAUCAGAUGGUGUUGAAGUUUUUGCAGUCGGUAUUGGAACAUCACAUCUAAAUGAACUUCAGGAUAUAGCAAAUGAUCCGGCAUCAUAUUAUGUGAUGUAUGUUUCUGACUUCAUAUAUUUGUGUGGUCUUAUACCAGCUUUAGUUCCAAAACUAGAUAGUUCUUUGACGGCAACCUUACUGGCAGAUUGUAAAACAGACCCGGUGACAACAACACCAUGGCCAACAGUUACCUCAACAACAGUUACGUCCGGUAUUUUGUCUGCAGACACAGGAUCGAAAACCAGUAUAAUUGUUGGAACAGUAUUGGCUUCUGUCGUAGUUAUUGCUGUUACUAUCGUAGUGACCAUAGUUGUACAUAAAGUACUGGUCAAUAGGAAAAGAGUACAUGUGCGGAUCACUUUUGUACCAGGAAUUGGAUUUACAACACAGGAAAUUUGACAACAAUAGAUAGGGAAAAAAUAUUUAAUGAAUAAAAUAAACAAUACAAAUAUGUUAAAUAAAGUUCAUAAAUGAUAUAAAAAUAA